UUGUUGGUUGGUGCCAGAUAGGUAUGUGUAUUGCGCUUUCCUUUGACUUCGUACGUGGACAACCGGACGGAACGUGACGAAUACUAAUAGUUACCUGUGCACACAAAAUGCUACCAUCGCGGUGAGGCAUAGAAUACAGCUUAAUUACCCCGCAAAGCCUGCGCGUGGAGAGAGGAUAGGUUAGUUUGAUCGUUUGGCGCAUUCCGCACGGGACGGAACCCAGAGUCUGCUCCACAGUUGAACGUCGCGAUUGCAUCCGGACGGACGCGUGUAGGUGAGUGCGAUACUCUCUCUGCAGUAGCAGCAGCAGCAAGACCUAGCAUAUCACUGCGAUGGCCAGCAAUAGCGGAACGGUCUCGGUUUCGGCGUCGUCGGCCAGCCUGGCCGCUCCGGUACCGCCCGUGAACACACCGUGGCCCAACAGCAAGGACGAUUACGAACUGCGGGAAGUGAUCGGGGUCGGGGCUACUGCGGUGGUCCACGGAGCUUACUGCAUACCACGCAACGAGAAAUGUGCCAUCAAGCGGAUCAAUCUGGAGAAAUGGAACACUUCGAUGGAUGAACUGCUGAAGGAGAUCCAAGCGAUGAGCAGUUGCAACCACGAGAAUGUCGUAACGUAUCAUACCAGUUUUGUGGUGAAAGAGGAACUGUGGCUGGUACUUCGACUGCUGGAAGGUGGCAGCUUGUUGGAUAUCAUCAAACACCGGAUGAAAACGGUCAACUGUAAGCAUGGAGUUUUCGAUGAAGCCACGAUAGCCACGGUACUGAAGGAAGUGUUAAAAGGAUUGGAGUACUUCCACAGCAAUGGGCAGAUCCAUCGCGACAUCAAGGCUGGAAACAUUCUGUUAGGCGAUGAAGGAACAGUACAAAUUGCAGAUUUCGGUGUUAGUGCGUGGCUGGCAACGGGUCGCGAUCUAUCUCGGCAGAAAGUACGACAUACUUUCGUGGGAACUCCUUGCUGGAUGGCACCGGAAGUCAUGGAGCAGGACCAUGGAUACGAUUUCAAGGCUGAUAUCUGGUCGUUUGGUAUAACGGCGAUCGAGAUGGCCACCGGAACUGCGCCAUAUCAUAAAUAUCCUCCGAUGAAGGUGUUGAUGCUGACCCUCCAGAACGAUCCACCGACAAUCGAUACCGGUGCGGACGAGAAAGAUCAGUACAAAGCGUACGGAAAAACUUUCCGGAAAAUGAUCGUCGAGUGCCUCCAGAAGGAACCUUCGAAACGUCCCACAGCCAGCGAGCUAUUGAAACAUCCGUUCUUCAAGAAGGCGAAAGAUCGCAAAUACCUAACGCAAACCCUGCUAGCCACUGGCCCGUCCAUGGCCACGCGUGUCCACAAAGCUGCCAAGCGACAACCGGGCGCUUCCGGUCGUCUACAUCGCACGGUUACUGGCGAAUGGGUCUGGUCAUCCGAGGAAGAAGACAACGGUAAGAAUUCCUCCGAUUCGGAAUCCGAAGAGCGACCAAUGAAUCGCCUGGAGCAAAUGGACUCGUCCGCGUCGGAAACGGAGGAAGCGUCGGAACAGUCCGAGGUCACCGUAACGGCUCCAACCGGUUCGGAGGUUACCACGACCGAUGUAACCAACGCAGUCGGCGGUCUGAAUUUGGACGACCUUCCUCCGAUCAACCUUGUGCUGCGGAUGCGAAAUGCCAGCCGGGAACUGAACGACAUCCGGUUCGAGUUUGCCGUCGGGAAGGAUUCGGCCGAGGGCAUCGCCUCGGAACUGGUCGGUGCGGGCCUGGUCGAUGGACGCGACAUCGUCGUCAUGGCGGCGAACCUGCAGAAACUGAUCGACCAGCGGAACUCGUUGAAAACCGUUACCUUCCAGCUGAACUCCGGCUUCGGCAGUGGCGAGCAGCCGGACGAGAAAUCCCUCAUCGGCUUCGCACAGAUUUCCAUCACGGAUUAACUUAAGUGACUUGUCGUGUUAUAUUAAAAGUUUACCCUAUUAUUUGUUCGCGUAAGUGUGAGCGUGCCUGUUUCUAUUAUGUGUAUGAGUUUCAGUGCGAUCGUGAGCUGAACUGAAAACAAAAACAAUUCCUGUGUUUCGAUUUCUUACAUAGUUUUAAUACAAAAAACGAUGAUAACAAUAAAUAGCAAUUUAUUUAGAUUUAACGCUCUAUACCCUUAUAAUCCUUAUCGAAAACAAAAGAAGAAAUUAAAGGCAACAAUACAAAGCAAAAGUCGUCGCAUGAAAUAACCCAACUGCUUCUUUCCCGGGAAUUUUAGAGGGGCAUGUAAGUUAGUGCUUUAGCGUUUUCCAACGAAAGUUCGCGCUUUUAUUCACAGAUUUUACCUUAUAUAUUGUAGUAGUACGUGGAGCAUUAAAAAAACUAUAUCUUUAUUCAAUGUUAAACUAAAGCGAAAAGUGAUGUUGAAAGUAGCCUUUAUCGAUUUGCCGCCGCGCGACCGUGCACCGUGUGGUGAUGAUCUACAACUGAAAACGCAAAUUAGGGAGAAAACACAAAACACGAAUUGAUCGACACUGAAUUUAAGGAAAAAAAACCAAGAACUUUAUUAUAACUGCUGUGAAUGGUGAAUGUGGUAUGGAAAAACUGGUGAAAUGUUCCGCCGCCCGCGCCGUAGUCAACGAACCCACGAGCACCACCAGAUAAGGCAAUCGGUUGAGAAAAUCGAGCACAUGACACGACCGAACAACGCACGCUAUACGGUGGUGAUGACGGCGCGGAAAGAUGGAUGGAUAUUAGGGUGGGUCAUUGUUGGAAGUGGGUGAAAUGAUGCAAUCUUCGUCGGUUCGCAUGAAAUUGAUUCCUGGGAAUUGGAUUAUCUAAGAUGUUCGUUAUCUGGAUAACCUUUGAAACCUGAAAUUCUCAGAGAAUUUCAGGGAAUUCUAAAGGCAAUUGGGGAAGUUUUAUUAGUGAUAAAUAAUUUUAUCAAGGGGUAUGUUUGGGAAUUUUGUGUUCUUCUGUUCUAGAUUUUGUUAGUUAUUUGCAUUCAUUAAACACUCAAAUUAUAACAGCUCCAGACCAAUGAAGAUAUUCCCAGAAAUGUUUUGGUGAAAUUAAAAAAAAAACCAUUCUUGAAGGAAUUUCUUUUAUUUUUUGUAAUUAUUAAAUUUGGCAGAUCACUAGGGGCAGUUUCUGAUCGAAGCUAUGUACAAAAUUAUGGUUUCUUAAAGCUUAGAUUUCUCACUAUGUUAGACGAGAGCAAUGAAUUUCUAAAUGCUCUUUUGACGAAAUCAACAGGUUCUUGGGAUAAUUCCUAAGAGAGACUAUCCUUGGGGGAAUUUCCGACAGUAUUUUAGGAUCAACAGGAAAAGGCUGCAUCAGCUUUUUGAGAACAAACACGUUUGUGUGGUAGACUUUGAGUCUUCUGGGACGCACAUCAUCAGUAUCGACAGAUAGCUAGAUAAUUAUGCUUCCCGAUAGUAUACUACAGCGGUGAGGGGCGUGGUAGCUGGAAAGUAGAGUAAGUUUCCAUUUGAACAAUGCGCUUUACAUUUUUUUUUUAUGCUUGGAUGUACUGCUCAUAUUCACGGUAAGGACUUUCUAAAGGAUUUCAUGGUAAAAUGUCUUCGAGAAAUCUCUUGAGAAGAAGAUUAGAAGAUAAAAGAUGUUGAUUGAUUGGAAAAUUGAGAUAUGAAAUUGUGAAAAAAAAAAAGUGUUUUGGUGGAAUUCGAACUCGCGACUCCGUAUUCGCUAGACCGGCGCUUAAACCAACUAAGCCAUAGAACAGGCAACGAUUCUGUGGAAUACACAGCAAAACUUCCUGAGCUUCCACUAUUGCAUCUCUCUUUCGGCUUAGAUGCCAAGCCAGCACGCUCGCGGUUUUGUUUUUUAAUUACAAGUGAGAACGAAUUGUUUAUAUAGUAUCGAAACUUACUCUCACACUCCGCAUACCUACCUAGGCAGCAACCCAUAUCCCUUUCCUGACGAACUACCUAUGUGUAGUAGAGAGAGAGAGAGAGAGAGAGAGAGAGAGAGAGAGAGAGAGAGAGAGAGAGAGAACUGUAUUUCUCGUAAUGCUAAACAUUAUUACAGGAAGCUUGCGGUUUCAUUAAGAAAUUUAAGAUUCUUUCGGAUAAUUAUUCAAAAAGCAAGUUAAAUCUAGAAGAAAUCUGGAUAACCGUACUCGCACACCAAGAGAAGAGAUCUUGUAAAUUCUACGUGGACGCGGAUGAAUCUGGAAGUUAAAAUCUAUCUAGAAAUUCCUCCACAAUGAUUGCUCCAGAAAUUCCGUCACUUCAUUGGAAUACCUUUUGGUAUAUGUCAUGCAGGUUUUCUUACAAGACGUCGACUUAUUUUUGUUCACGGAUUUUUAUCCAGAAUUAUCCUAGAUUCGAUCGUUUUUUCCAGGAUUUCUCGAGAAUCUUCCAGAUUUCCUGAAUUUCGAUUGAUUUUUAGAAGUUUCCGUGGAGAUCCUACAGACUUUCUCUCAGAAGUAUCCCGGUAUUGCUCUCAGAGCCACUCGCAGGAUGUUUUCCGGAGUUCCUUCUGCGUUUUACCCAGGAAAAUUCGUGGGAUUUCUCCCAGGGUAUACACAGAAGUUUCUCACGGGAUAUUUCUCAAAUGUUGCCUCGGAAUUUCUCCUAGAGUUUCUCCCGGGAUUCCUCCUAAAUAAUUUAUCGCGAUUGCUAUCAGUUACGGAUUUCCCCAGGAUAUUUUCCCUGGAGAUAUCCCAGAGUUUCUACACGAGCUCCUUCAAGGAUUUCUUGAGAAUUUUUUAACGAAUUUUCUGCGGGAGAAAGUUCUUCCUGUAAUUUCCGUGAGUUUUCUUUCAAAGUUUUUCCCAGGAUUUCGGCAUGAGUUCCGUGAUAUUUUUUAAUGGUUCUCGUGGAAUUUCUCUUGAAGUUUCACCCCAGAUUGCUCUCGAAAUUUCUCCCGGGACUUCUCUUACUUAGCUGGAAUGUUCCUUACGGUUUUUCUCCUGGAUGUCUCUCAGAGUUUUCUGGAUUUGGGACUUUCUCUCAAAAUCUUUUUUUUUCAGGGAUUUCUUUUAGAGUUUCUUUUUAGGAUAUCUGCAGAAGCUGUUGCUGAUGUUUCUCACGAGGGUUUGACCGCGAUUUUUCAAGGUCUUUCCUCAUGCUUAGAUCUUUUUACAACAGGGAUAGCAUUCCGCACGAAAAAUGUGCACAGUUUAGCUCAUUUUCAUAUUAAAACCGUGCAGUCACACUGAGGAGCAUGCUAUCUCUACUUUACAAGAUAUGUUGCUAUGAUCCUACUGAGACAAUUAUUAAAGAUUUUCUCGGGGUUUUACUACCAUAGUCCUUCCCAGCAUCCCUAUCGGAAAUUGUCCCGAGAUUCAGGAUGUUCCUUGUGGAAUUUUUAAUAAUUGGUUCCGGAGUUCUUUUAGGGAUUUUUGUUUUUCAAUAGUGUUUCUCGCAAAACCUCCUGGUAUGACCUACAAAACUCCUAGCAAAAUAUUGAAAAAAUCCCGAAGAAAUCUUGUAAAAAAAUCCCGACAGGAACUUACUGAGAAUAACUGGAGCAUCUCGGAAAUUCAACGAGAAACUCUCAAAAGCUUCACAAGAAAUUAGGGGACAAAAUCCAAGCGAUGUCCUAGAAAACUCUGAGAGAAUUUUCUACAAGAACUUCUGCAAAAAUCUCGCAAAUCUGCAUAAAAAAAUCCUGGAAAAACUAUCGGAAUGCCAUCUCACUGACAGAAAUUCCUCAAGAAAAUUUAUACAUAUUUUGGCAGAUCUCCGAAAGAAAUCCAGUAAUGAAUUCUCGAAGCAUAUUGAGAAAACCUCUGAGAGAAAACACGGGAGGUGUUCCUGAAGAGAUUCCGUGAUAUGCUCUUGCUGAAAUCCUGAGAAGAUCUCUGGGAAAAUCCCAGGAACAACUCUAAAAAAUCGUGGAAGAAACACCGGAAAAUACACCAAAAACAUUUUUUUAGAUAAAAUUUUGGAAGAAACCGGAGUUUCUUAGUAUUUCUGCUGGAGCUGUUGCUGAUGUUUCUUAUGAGGUUCUUUCAGUGGUUUCUUACAUAGAUUUUUCAAGGUUUUUUCUAGUAGUUCUUUGCAGGAUUUCUUGCUGUGGUGUUUUCUCGGGAUUACUACCAAAGUCCUUCUCAGCAAGUUCUUGUAAGGAUUUGUUUUUCAAAUAGUGUUUCUCGGGGAAGACCUCCUAGAAUAAUUUACAAAACUCCUCGCAAAAUGUCGGAAAAAAUCCGAAGAAAUCUUGUAAAAAAAACUCCGCAAAUAACUAUUGAAAAAAUCCCGAGAGAAACUUCGGAAGAAAUCCGGAGAAUAACUGGGACAUCUCGGCAAUUUAACGAGGAAGUCUGAAAACCUUUAAAAGAAAUCAGGAGACAAAGUCCUAGCAAAAUUCCAUAAAACUCUCUGAGAAAAAAAUCUAGAAGAACUUCUGCAAUAAAACUAGUAAAAAUUCCUGGUAAAAACUAUCGGAAAUGCAUCCCGGAAAAGCACCGUGAGAAAUUCCCGAAGAAACUUUAUAUGCAUUUUGAAAGAAUCUCCGGAAACAAUCUGGAAGUGUAUCGGGAACGCCUAUGGCAGAUAUUUCAGGAAGUAUUUCUGAAAAGAUCCCAUGAAAAACUUUUGCAGAAAUUCUGGAAUGAACUCUGGGAAAAGUCCAGGAACAACUCUUAGAAAUUGCGGAAGGAACACCGGAAAACGAAAAGUACUAUGGGAUGAAAUUCGAAUAAAAUCUCAGGAUAAAACCUUGAUAGAUCCAGAAAUACAAAAUCUCCGGAUAACCUUUUGGAUGAAGUCCUUUCAAGAAAUGAUUCGUUGAAUUAAUUCUGUGAGAAACUGUAAAAAUAAUAAAGAAAUAAAUGCGAUGCGGAAGCCUAACUUUAGCAAACACCGUAUGUAACAUAUGCAAACAAAAACGAUAUUUUAACAUGAAGAGCUGAAUUUCGUUGAGAACUACUUAUAUCACUCACCUUUGAGGAUGACCAGAAAUACCCGGAUUUUUCACGUUUCCGAAAUGUGCAAUGUAUGAGUUGCUAUGGGAACAGCGAACUUCCCCUUCGAUUUUCUCCGUUCGUGGAUUUUGUUAGAUACGGUGUUUGGUAAAGUUAGGCUUGAAAGAAGUUCAAGGAAGUUCAAGUUUUGGAUAGAUUUCCAAGCAAAUCUUUGAUGGAAAGAAUUCUAAAGAACAGAUGUGUUUUUAACAGAGUUCACUGGCAUAUAUCGGAAUAGCCAAAGCAAUCGGUGGCGUCCGUUGCUACUUGAAAUUUUUUAAUAUGUUAUCAUAUAUUUCAGUUUUUCGUUGGACUUUUAUUGAAAUCCCAACAUUACUUACACCACUAGUGGCAGCCUUUGGGGUUACCUACUCAAAAGUUGUAGUAGAUAAGUACGACUUUUAUUCAUACCGAAUCUUCUGUUUGUAGUAUGUUCGAAAGUUACAGUGUGGUAAACUAGGUUAUUCAAAAGAACAUGCUCCACAAGUCCACAAGUAGCAUUUACAUACUACCGAAAAUGUUAACUACUUUUUAUCCAUACGACCUAAUGUGUCUCAUUUUUUUUUCGAAGACAGUCUUUACUAGACGUAAAAGCUAGAAAUAUUUGAAAACAAAACGUGUUCAAUUGACAAAUUAAAAGAUAGAUUUGUGAAAAAAGGUGUCACUUGUUUUGGCGGGAUUUGAACCCACGAUUUCAUAUCGCUAGUCCGGCGCGUUAACCUUCUAGGGCACAGAACAUACUGGCCGACUGAUACAGCAAGAGCAAUGAAUUAAUUGUCAUAAUCUUUAUGGAAACAAUCUUGAGGAAAACCGUAUUUUUUUUUCUAAAGGUGCAUGAUGAAUUAUAGUAAGUUCAUUGAAAUACAUGAUGCCAGAAUUCAUAAAAGAGAUAAUAGUGGAAACCAAAAUGGAGUUAAUGAAAGUAUUCUUCGGAUUGUUGAAUAUAUCUGGACAAAAUCGAAUUUUUGGAAGAACAAGCUGCAUGGAAUCUUCCGAUUAAUUUCAGCUGUGUCUGUGUUAAAAAGAUGUUUAACCCUAGACUAAGUUCAUCUUGGGAUCCACAGCUUCAGUUCCCUUUCGAAAGGUGAACUCACAUUUGGUGAUACGAUACCAGAUCUUCGGCGUGAUGGUCACGUGCUCAACAAAUGUGAGACUUUCAUCAAAACUACUUACUGAGAUUUUGUGUGUGAAUUUCUGUCGUAUUCUCAUGAACCCUAGAAUAUUUUCCUUAAAAAACAGUUUCUAUUUGUUCAUGGAAGAAAAACUGUUAACCCUCUAAUACCCAAUUUUUAUAUUUUGAUCUAAAUAUCAUUUUUCGUCAUCUAAAAUCGAUUUAAACGUGUUUUGGAAGAUGAUUCUUUUCAAUUCUCGAUUUCGUGAAUUUCAGUUUUUGAUUUUUCUAAUUUUUAUUUUUGAACAUCCCCACACUUUUAUAUUUUUCCUGGAAGCCAAUUUGGGGAACGGAUUUUUUGAGAUGAAAACAUUUUGAGAUUUAAUGAUUAUUGUUGAAAUAUUAUUAUUUUAAUUUUUUUUUCACAGAAAAUUUAGUUUUCCGUGUAAUUUUAAGGAAAAUAAUUUUAGAGUGUAUUUGAUUCCCUUAAACUAUUAAACAAGGAUAGAAUGAUUUGGGAAAAAUUUAAAAUAUGUUAAUUGUAGCGAUUCAAUACAAAAUAAACAAUGACUUCUAAAAGGUGACUAAAACAUCAAUUUUUGAAUGAUUUUUAAAAAAUGUAAAUACGCUUUAAAAUACACCAAAAACCAUUUUGAGAUAUACAGAACAGUCCUAAAUAUCAGCCAAAAAUAUAAAAAAAUGAUUCUCCACGAAACAAAAGUUACAAAAAUGCUCAAACUAUACCCCGUCUAAAGGCGGGAUUGGGUAUUAGAGGGUUAAAUCCAUUGAUGGCAUUCAGAAGGCCCUGGUGAAAAUUUUACCUGGUUUUUAAUUUUGAGAGUUUUCUGGCAAAAUAUAAAAAUAUUUCCUCAGGAAAAAUUAAAUUUGCAUAACUUUUAGCAAUGGUAUCAUGGCAAUUUUGAUAUGUAUCUUGAGAAAAUUUGAAGAAAAAUUGAAGUUUUCCAUCAUAAAUUCUUCAAAAAGCCAAAAAUAUAAAAAAAAUCUAUGGGCAUUCGUCCUUAAAUAUGCCUAAAAUUGACUUGAAAAAUAACUUUUCAAUACCAUUUAAAUCUUUCUUGUGAGUUCAACCCUGUCUUGAUCGAAUCGAAAGUUGUUCCAAAUACUCUAGGUGUUCUGCUAGGCAAUAUAGUAGCAGUUCCGCUUGAUACAAAACUACUCCUAUUUUUCAAAAAAAUGCAUACAUACAUUUUGGAAACCAGUAUCGUAAACUAGUUUUCUGAAAUUAUUAAGGAAAUAUUAAAUACCCUGGAAUUUAAUUUUCAUAAACCUUAAACCUGAAAAAAUUCAGUCAAGUUUUUAAACUUUAGGAAUUUUAAAAAUAAAAAAAAUAAAAGCAAAUUACACUGCUGUAAUUUGUAAUUUGCUGUAAAAUGCUGUAUUUUGAACUUGGUAAGCUGAUGAUCGUUUUUGGCGUAGAAUCAUGCCCUGAGUUCGAAAACGCGAAGGAAAAAAAUUACAGAAGAGCGGAAAUUUUUUCGACUUUCCAUACAAGGCUGAUCAUUUGAAAUCGAUUUAAGCAAAGUCGCUCACUUCACACAUCUCAUUCUCCGUAAUCAAUGCUCCGAUUGAGCUGAAUUUUUUACUGUAUCUCGCCUACAUAUGAUAUGUCAAAUAAACGUUGAGAAAGAAUUUUUAAAUAGUUUUUUUCUUAUUGGAAAAAAUACAUUUCUUCAUAUAUUUUUGGAAAUUUUGCUAAAAUUUAAGGAGAUCGUCCCUAAAUCUCUCCAAUAUCUUGAAUGUCAUCAAUCUGACGCAAAACCUGCAUUCAGAUGAUCGAUUGGUAUUAUAUUCAGCUUUUAAUUUAUGGAAAAGAUUUAGUAUUGGUUGAACAAAACGCAAGAUAUUUGAAAUUUAUUAAAUUCCAUAUUUUAAAAAGUUGUAAAACUCGAUAUUGAGCUAAAACUCAAAAACUGUUCUACUUUAAAUUUUUUUAAGCCCGGUUCCGAAAUCAGCGCUAAAUUAUGCUUCAAAAAUUUUGGCCGUUUUCAGAAGUUCAAGACUUUUGUUUUAUUUUGUAAACUAGUGUUAUUCAUGGAAUUCGAUCUGGUAUUCUCUCUAAAAAUCCCAAUUCAAAAUAGCUACAACAGAACAGUUUCUUCAGAAAUUAGGAAACACUAAGUAUUUCCCAAAUUGAAAACCUUAUUAUAUGCACUGAAACCUGUUCGCUAAGUAUUUCUGCCCAGAACGUCUAUGAAACUUGUGCUCAUUCUGCGAAUGCAGUGAUGUGACCCAGUCCUAUUCGAAUAUCGAUGUAAGAAAUCUCGACUCAAAUGAGAUGACUCUUCAUUCGAUUUGCAUGGCAUCUCAUUCAAUCGAGAUUUCUCUCCUCGAUAUUCGACAAGCACAAAUGUCUUGCAUAGUUCCCUACCGGACUGAUUCCGGAGUAUACCAAAAGUUUUUUUUUUUGUAUAUUUUAUAAAACUUUUUUUUUUAUUUUUUUUUAUCAACUCUUCAAUUUUAAUUGUUAUUGCCAAAAUUACGAUUUAGUUACUUUUUGGCAAAAUUGGUCUCUAAAAUAACCUUUGAGGUCAUCACUCAUCAGUUGUGUGUAUAUAUAUAUUUUUAAUUUAAAAAUAACCUUGCUCAUUUUAUAUACAUUUUUAUCAAAAUCGUUUUCAAAAAUUUCUGAAUCAAGUUCUGUGACAAGAGCUAUAUCAGUGUACCUGUUGUUAGUUAUGGAUGGCACUCAAGUAACUUAAAAAAACUGAAGAGGUCACAAAGGAAUCAAUUUUCAUAAAUUUAGAACUUCCUUGGAUCAUACAAAAAAAAUGUAAACAAAAAAGUUAAUUUUAUUCAAGUUAUGAUUGAUGAAUUGAAUCGAUUUCACACAAGGUGAGUUUCUUCAUAGCCAAAACGACUCGUUGAUCUAAAGAAGGAAUACAAACACGCCACAAUGACCCACCCUAGUACGAUACGUCGCAGGGAAAAAAAGAACACCGGUUGACGCGAUGAUAUCCCGUAUUUUAAACAACUACCCCUACUUUCAGACUACAAAUAUAGCGUGCGCGCAGUUGCGUAUUUAGCGAUAGGUAGACGUCGAGUCACACCCCUCCUGAAAAUAGUCGAAAAUUAUAAAUGAAGAAAAGCAGCAAAGAAUGCGGUAACAAACAUAAGAACGAGAAGAAGAAAAAAAAACAAAAAUAAAUACAAAACAAGAAGUAAUAAAAAAAACAGCAUCUAAUAGUUGAUGAGCAAGAAUGAACAA